CUAGAGAAAAUCGGAAUUAACUAUCGCCUUUUGGUUCAUUGUUAUGUUAAAAUCCCAACUAAGAAGUGGAACAUAAAUAUUAGUUGCAGAUCGCCAGGUUGUCAGAAUAAUUUCUAGAUUUCUAUUUUUAUCUAUUUAUGUAAACAAAUUACCGUGUUUAGUUUGUUUUGAAAGUGUUAAAGUUUGUAUUUCCAUUCAUAUUACAAUGGAUGAAAAACAAUUUGUGUGGACUCCGGAAUUAACUCGAAGAUUAUUUGAAUUACGAUUCGAUAAUGACUGGUUGUUUAAAAAAAAGAAACAACCUUGGAGUGAGUUUCGUGAGAUUUUAAUACAGAAUGGUUUCCCUGAAGAGAUGUCAGUCAAACAUGUCAGGAAGAAAUGGUCAUACACCUAUGAUAUGUACAAAAUUGCCAAAAAGAUGAAAAACAAAGAUUGGAAAUUUUACAAAUUAUUUGAUAAACAUUAUGCCAAGUCAAAAAUAUUGGACAAAUAUGAAUCUUGGAGUGAUGAAUGGCGUCUUAAAUUGAUCACUUGUAUCACAGAAACAAAGGGUCUUAACCUUGAUUUUCUAACAAUGUGGAGGACAGUUGAAAGAGCUAUGCGAUGCCAAGAUCUGCCCAGUGAUUGUUGUGUGCAAGAUAUGAAAGGAUUAUGGCAACACAUACGGACUACAUUUAAUAGAAAACAUCGUUUAAAAAUGAAAAAAGGUGCUGAGCUGACGGAAUGGCCGUUGUAUGACGUCAUGGUGCAAUAUUUCCAAAAAUACGAGCCCGAUCACCUGGUGAACCUCGAGAACGACUCGGCGUACACGUUUUUCCGUAAACAGAGGGACGCGACCAAAUACUGCAAGAGAAAAAGGGGUAUCGACGACAAUGACAACGAGAAUGAAUUUCAAUGGUCAAAAGAUAUAACGGAGUCGUUCAUUCAAGUUAGACUGCAGAACGACUGGCUGUUCAGGGAGAGGAAAUGGGCGUGGAAUGAUUUGUUGAAGAUAAUGUUAGAGGAGCACGGUUUUCCAAAAACUUUGACGUCGAGGGAGAUCGGUCGUAAAUGGGCAGCUACCUUCGGCGAAUAUCAAAAAGCUAAGGCAACGAAUAACAAAUCUUGGGUGUACUACACGAUAUUCGAGUUGUACUUGGGCGAAGGAAGUCUUAGUUUGAACCCUCUCGUCGGAUGGCAGGAAGAGUGGGUGUUCAACUUGAUCAGCGCGCGGACGGAUCUGGAACACAUGUUCGACAACUACUUGAGAGAUCCCAGCUCCGCCUGGAGGGAAGUGGAGAAGCGGCUUAGAGUAGUCGGGCUGCCGUUGGACCACAGCCUCCUAGAUCUGCCCGAAAUAUGGACGCAUUUAGUCAGAACGUUCAAGUGGAAAAGGAAAUUUGCAAAAAAAGGCAUGUUGACCGAACACUGGCCUUACUUCGAAGCGAUGGCGAGGUACAUAGAAAUGCAAGACAAAAAGCCCGUGAAAAAACAAAAACGCGAGAUAAUACACUCCGACGACGGCGACGGCAAUGACGAUUACGAGGAUGAUAUGAAACUGUUCGAUAUUAAGAGGCAGAUGGAGGCGCAAGUGAAGCCCAAAUGCGAGUAUGAAGAUGCGAACCAGUGCAGGGCGUGUUACAGUGAGGAUGGAUGCGUGGAUAUUUUCAGUGAGAAGGACGAAGACGAUAUCGAUGUCGCGUACAAGCUGAGGGUUGUUGGAGGGAUUCAGGUGGACAAAUCAGACCAUCUGCCGUCGCAAAUAUGCUUAAAUUGCCUCCAAGAACUCGACAACGCGUUCAAAUUCAGGCGAAGAUGUCAAGAUUCCGACAAACAGUUUAGAAAUAACGCACACAACAUCAAAAUCGAAAUAGACAGGGUAGAUGAAAACGAACAAGGGAAUAAUUAUAUAAAUAGGAACCGUAGGGAUGAUAAUGAUGCAAAUAGUACAAAAGGAUUCGAUAAUGACGACAUGGACAUAUUCGAUUCAGAACCAAUAACAAACACUAAACACGAAAAAGCUGUUGUCAAAGCGGAGAAGAGGAUGAAAAGGAAGAAACGAAGAAUGCGCAAGUUGAACUACGACUAUAGCAAGAUAUGCGAGAUCUGCGGGAAGCACACGCGGAACCUGGUCAGCCACCUCGACGCACACACCACCGGCAAGACGUACUCCUGCGACGUUUGUGAGAAGAGGUUCAAGUUCAAGAGCGGCCUCAUCAUACACAAGGCGGUGCACGACCCCACGCCCAAGAAGACCUGCGAGGUGUGUGGGAAGACUUUCCACGUGCUGGCACAGUACAGGAGGCAUUUCGUAUACCACGCCAACGAGAGGAAGUUUGAGUGCGAGACCUGCGGGAAGAGGUUCAACACGAGCGAUAUAUUGAAGGUGCACAACAGGACGCACACCGACGAGCGGCCCUUCAGCUGCCAGGAGUGCGGCAAGUCCUUCCGCACCGCCGGCUGCGUCAGCAGGCACAAGCGCAUCGUGCACAGGCAUGUACGGCAGAAACCUAAAUAAACAUCCACACGGCC